AUGCAGUUUUUAUCUGCCAGAUUAUCCGACAAAAAAUACACUCACAUACGGAGUUUCAGACGAUAUAUAUUCAUACAUGCAGAACAUCCAGAUAUACCUGAACAAAUACCGAUAAUGUACGAUAACGAACAAUAUCGCAUAUUUGUCACUAUUGAUAACGCCAAAUGUAUCUACUGCGAUAGAUUUGGCCAUGAAUCUAAUGCAUGCAAAAAACAAUCAGAAACAACGAAUACUACAAGCACAAAUCCAAAUUCCAACUCAAACGCAAAUACAAAUACCGAUUUAAAAAAACCACAAACAGCUAAUCCAAAUACUGAAUCAAAUACUACAACACCGAUAACUAUACCUGAUAUUAAUAAUACAAAUAUCCCUGAAACACAAAAACCUACCCCUGAAACACAAAAAAAUUCUCCAGAUACAACUAUAAUACCUACAACAGAAAUACAAAAUACUGACAAAAACGUAAACAAAUCUCAUACCCCAAAAAAACGAUCACGAAAUAACAACAGUAGCUCUCAAGAAUCAGAAAUAGAAACAACAAAAAAAUCAAACACAACAGCAACAAAAAUAACGAAACACGACGAAGAUAUUAUUCCUGCCACACCCAAUUCCUCGACACAAAACCCCAAUGAAAAAAAACUCAGAGAAAAACAAACACUCAUACAAUUAAUAGAAAAUGUCAAGCCGAAUAUCUUAGCCGAUCCCGAUCAAUACAUGGCCAAAGUCCGCAAGGAAAUUAAAACCGAAAAACAAAAAAGUUGGAAUAAAUUUAUCUCCUCAAUCAACUCCACAACUCCAGACAAAAUCAUCUGGCAAAACCUUAGAAAAUUAACAACAGGCAUAAACGAUACUGAAAAAAUAACAGCUAUAGAAACCAAUAAUUACAUAACAACCAAUCAGAGCGAAAUAGCAAAUGAAUUUGGAAAAUAUUACGAAAAAGUUUCUGAUGACACACAAUAUAAUCAAACAUUCCUUCAUUACAAAAAUCAAGAGGAAAAACAAACAAUUGAUUUUCACUCGAACGAAAAACUAGGCUACAAUGAACCAUUUACAGAACACGAAUUCAGCGACGCUUUGCGUCAAAUAAAAGACUCCUCACCAGAACUACGUGAAGCAAACCAGGAAGUCAUCUUCAUGUGGGUACCAGGCCACUCAGGAAUAACAGGAAAUGAACUUGCAGACAAUGCCGCAAAAGCAGCUCACACAGCGGAAUCCUUACCCCCAACACAACCAAAGACGAUCUAA